AUGUUGUUGAAGAUCUUGAUUUGGUUCUUCAUUGCUGCUAAUGCUGAAUCUGGCCGUGUUGGGAAACUAUCAAAACAUCCAACAAACACAUCUAAUCCGAUAGACAAUUUAAACGGUAUCGCUUCGAUAUUUUCUCCUCGUAUGGACUUUGAUCAAUGGAAACCACUGACAGGACGUGGUGAUCCUUUACGUAAUGAUCCUACUUAUGAUUAUGAGCCUCCAGUACUCGAAAGAGUUCAUUAUUGGGCUGACGAAGUUCACGCUCAACCAGAAAAUUACCCGGAAAGGAAAUCUGAAGUUUUAGUACUAGGUGUCUCCUCUCGAAAACCGAGUGUUGCGUCUAGACCACUUUCACCCAUCAGAAGGGUUCCACGGCCACCUUUAUUUCCAUCUAAAUACGAAGACUUCUCUUACAAAUUUAGUGACCAUUACCCGAUGACUAUACUUGUACCACCUCCUCCACCUCCUAGCCAUCAACCUCCACUUUACGUUGAAGAAAAAUUAUCAAUACCUACAAGUCCACCGAUCCUACUUGAUGGACUUACAGCGACCAGAGAAUCUACUCCAAAACCUGAGAUUUUAACGUCGUUUGCCCUUCAGGAAUCUAAUCUUAUUUACCAAUCAUCUACAACAAAACAAAACUGGUACAAUAACUAUAAUAAGACUACAAAUUUACCAAACAAUACUGUUAGUAGCGACUACGCAGGAUGGGGCCCUACAACACCUUUUGAAGACUUUAAUGAAGCUCAUAAUAUUAUAUCUUACACAGAUAAUCAUAACUAUGAAUUUACCAAGCAACCUCUUUCUUAUUAUAAGCCAAUGUUGUCCGAGGCACCUCCGCCACCACAAACAUCAUUUCACUCUUCAGAUAUGCCUACUUUUUUACCAACAGCUUUACCUGUAACGGUAUCAACAGUUGAAAACACGCAAGAUACAUGGUCGUCUAUAGAAACCACAACAGAAACAUCUACUGAAAUUCAAAAUCUUGAAUUUGAAACUACUACUGAAAAUGUUAUAACCCGUUUUUCUCAGUCCACACCGGCACCAUUAUCAGCACCAAAACCCAAUAUAAUUGAUAUGUUAGGUUCGAUGAUAUCAAUGCCUAUGAUUACAGAUCCUAAUAGACCUGAAGAUAAUUUGUACGCUCAUGCAUCAGAUGCUAUACAUAUUUUUAAAAAGCCACCAACUGAAGAUUCUGUUAGUUUAGAAAUAAUGCAGACCAUGCAACCUCCUCCACCAAUAAAAACCCCUGAAAGUUCUACAGCACCUUCAAGACAACAAUUUCAAAUAAAUUCUCAUAUUUUAAACAGUCUCUUACAUGAAAAACCGAUAACACAUACACACGACCCUUACUUGCAUAUGCGUUUUACUACACCAAUUACGACUACCUCGAAGACAUCUCAAGAUAUAAAAUCUACAACUGAAACACCAUCUAUACCUACGUAUCUUAUUAUACAAGGACAUUCUAAAGUUAAAACUUAUGGAUCCAAACCAAAACCAGACAAUGGUGCGGCUAAAAAUGAAAUACCGAAUCCUAAUGAAACGAAUGAAGUUAAACAUUUACAUCCCCUUAAAGAAAAACACACAAAGAUUACAGAAAAACGAACACUUAGAGAAAGUAGAGCACAAAAUUUAAAGUCACUCGUGGAUACUGGAUUUGGCUCAAUAGAAAUUCAGGAAGCGGAUUUAGGUAUAAAAUACGAUGUAAGUGAUGGCAGUGACGUACCAAUAGAAAUAUACAGAAAGGGAAUCGUAGAUAAUGAUGAAAAUAAUUACUCAAGUAAAAGAGAAGAAGAAAAGAGAAAUAAAAGGGAAAUCGGUCUGAAGCAUUUCUUGGGUGAAGACUUAGUAAAUGUCGCUUAUAAAUUAUUUAACAGUAGAAAUGAAAUGCUAAAUUAA